AUGGAGAAUGGAAAUCAUGCAAGUCUUGCAUGCAAGGCACUUGUGGAGAGCAGUAAAUGCAUGCAGAAUGGAAAUCAUGCAAGUCUUGUGAAGACACUUGCGAAGAGCAUCAAAGAUAGGGAGAAUGGGAAUCACUCCGCGGAAACUAAAGAAAAGCCUGAAUCACACCCGAUUAAUGGUGGAGAUGAUUCUAAGAGCUAUGCUCAAAAUUCCAGCUAUCAGAAAGGGGUGAUUGAAGCUGCAAAACGUGAAAUUGUACAAGCAAUUAAGGAGAAGCUAGACAUCGAAAAAGUCUGGCCAAGAAGAUUUGUGAUUGCUGAUUUUGGCUGUUCCACUGGACCCAAUACAUUCCUUGCAAUGCAGAACAUUGUUGAAGCAGUGGAGCUAAAGAACAAAUCUCUGCAACAGAGUCCAACCAUCGACUUCCAUGUUUUCUUCAAUGAUCUUGUAGACAAUGAUUUCAAUACUCUCUUCAAAUCCCUCCCUUCACACCCAAGAUAUUUUGUUGCUGCUGUACCUGGCUCCUUCUACGAGCGUCUAUUCCCUAAAGCUAGCCUUGAUUUGGCUAAUUCUUCUUAUGCACUCCAUUGGCUUUCCAAGGUUCCAAAAGAAGUUGGAGACCAGAACUCAGUGGCAUGGAACAAAAGCAAGACAUAUUGUUCGGGCUCCAAAAAAGAAGUCACGGAGGCAUAUUUUGCUCAGUUCAGGAAAGAUCUCAACAGGUUUCUGGAUGCCAGAGCAGAAGAACUUGUCGGAGGCGGCCUUUUGGGAUUUAUCAGUCAUGAAAAAGUGCAUUCAUUCAACUCGCCAAUGUACUUUCCAUCAAUUGAAGAAUUGGACCUGGCUAUAAAAGGGAAUGGCCAUUUUACGGCAGAAAGAAUAAAGAUAUUGAAUCACCCAAUGCAGCACUUGCCAUUUGAUGCAAAAAUGACUUGCUUGCAGACCAGAUCCAUCUUUGAGGGCUUCAUCAAAGACCAUUUCGAAAUAGACAUUGUGGAUCAGCUUUUCGAUCUAUUUGCUAAGAAACUUGAAGAGAGCUGCUCAAUUUUUUAUCAGGAAAUUCGCAAAGAUGUUGACCUGUUUGUUCUGCUAAAACGCGUCUGUUGA